GCAAAUGAUGUCAGGAGUGAAAAGUCAAGUUUAAAAAAAUAGAAACUAAAAAUAAAAAGUUAAAAACUAAACGUCAUUAAUUUAAUUUCUUGUUCUUUGAUUAAAGUUAACCGUUUAUAUUUCCGUAUUCGAUAGUUUUUGCAUUUUGUUGGUAUUCAUUUUUAUUGUGUCCGAAAUUAUAUUACAGAGAAAGUAGCAUAGAGUUAUAUAUUAAUUGUAACGAAGUAUCCUUGCUUUCGAAUAAAUACAAUAAUUUUAACAUGUCGGAAGGAACGGAUGCUCCCUUCAGUACUGUUGAUAUUAACAAUGACAACAGAGAUGAUGAAGAUCUUUUCGCAUCAGCAGUCCAAGAUGUGGAAAGUUUGGAUCAUGAAAUCAAUGGUGUCCGGCAAAGCUUAGAAGAUGCUUCCCUUGGAGAUGUAUCUCUAUCAAAAAGUGCUUCAAUUGGAAGCCCUAUGAUGGAGGAGAUAGCAACAGAACGUGCAAAUAACAUCAUUAUAACAAUAACGGAACCACAAAAGAUGGGUGAAGGGAUGAGCUCAUAUGUAGCUUACAGGGUGCUUACAAAGACUAAUAUGCCUAUAUUUAGCAGACACGAGUUUGCGGUUCUAAGGCGAUUUAGUGAUUUCUUAGGACUCCAUGAAAAGUUAACGGAGAAAUAUCUUCGGUCUGGGCGCAUUAUACCACCAGCACCAGAAAAAAGUAUUGUAGGCACUACAAAGAUGAAAAUGACAUCAACUCCUUCAACGGAGAGUGCAAAUGGUAGUUCCGCAGCAAACUCGCUCCAGUCUCAGUUUGUUGAGAGAAGGCGUGCAGCUCUUGAAAGAUUUCUCAAUAGGGUAGCACAACAUCCGGUGCUCUGUAUAGAUCCUGAUUUUAGGGAGUUUCUGGAAUCUGACACUGAACUACCAAAGGCUACAAGUACAUCGGCUCUAAGUGGUGCGGGAAUGUUACGUUUAUUCAACAAAGUUGGCGAGACUGUUAAUAAGAUAACAUACCGUAUGGAUGAAUCCGACCCGUGGUUUGAAGAGCGCAUAGCCCGCGUGGAAUCUCUCGAGAAUGGGCUCAAGCGUCUAUGCGGCGCGUGCGAGGUGCUCGCAAACGAGCGACGUGAACUUGCAGUUCGCUCGCACGAAACGGCGCGAAGCAUCGCGGCAGCUGCGGCUGCAGACCCGCACGCGCCGCUGUCUCGAGCACUGUCGCACCUGUCCGACCUGUAUGAGAAGAUAGAACAUUUAAGGGUUGAGCAGUCCAAUACUGACUUCUAUGUUCUAACAGAACACAUUAAAGACUACCUCGGGCUCAUUGGUGCUAUCAAAGAUGUUUUUCACGAGAGGGUUAAGGUAUUCCAAAAUUGGCAACAUGCCCUGAUGCAACUUACGAAGAGAAGAGAAAAUAAAGCAAAGGCUGAGCUCGCCAACAGACCUGAGAAAAGAGAACAGGCUGCGAAUGAGAUUAUUGAGUGGGAGUCGAAGGUGGAGCGCAGCAAGCAGGAGUUCGACACGAUAUCGCGCGUCAUCAAAAAGGAGCUGGAACGCUGGGAGGAAAUCCGCAUCACGGAGCUACGGGAUACCGUGCUGCGGUAUCUGGAGGAGCACGUCAAGCAUCAGGCUCAGUCAAUGAGAUACUGGGACGCGUUCCUGCCGGAAGCGCGCGCCAUCAAAUGAGUGCGACGAUCCGUCACCCUUGUGUGCGACUACUCUUUAUAGCUGUGCGUUGUAUAUUCACAGAUAUUAUAUAAGUAUACUGUAGAGCGUGCGUUUUUUGGCUCAAUACAACUCUUCUGGUCGUGUAUAGAGAGUACCUAAUGAUAAAUAAUCAUAUUUUGCUCAAACAUUAUUAAACUUGUGUAUUUAUUAGGGAAAAAAAUGUCUUCAAAGUUUAUAAUUUAAGACCUUAUCUUAUAUGCAAUUAAAUAAAAAGGGCAAAAUAGCUGUGAUAAAAUUCAAAGAAAAUUAUAUUCUAAAUUAAAUUAUGAUUUCCUUCAUGAUGAAAUAUUCAUUUGAUAGGAAGUAUUAAAUAGUUUAAAAAUUAGACAUGUAAAAAUAAUAAAAUAUUAUUUAGGAAAUAAUUUUUUAUACUUUUUACAAUGUAGUGUUUGUCAAUACCCAUCUAGUAUAAAAUAAAUUGAAGUGUGUUUUAAUUGCUUAUAUUAUUCAACUUCUUAGUAUGAUAAUACGCCAACCUCUUAAUGCAGGGCAUUGCAUAAUAUAUUUAGGUAAAAUAAAAAGAAAUUCAACGCUAUUAUUUUAUAAAUAUUAAAAAAAUAUCGAAUCAUAUAUACACAUUACGUACUUCGCAUGUAACGCGCGCUCUAUAGCUUACUUAUAUAAACUCUUUGAUGAUACGGCUUGCAUACUCGACAUAAAAUAUUAUAUCAUAUUGUGUUAUUGUUAAUACUUGUAAGAUUCUCAUCGUAGGAGUAACAUAAGUUAGUUAUAUUUUUGUUAAAACUUUGUAUAGAGGCUUAGCUCUAAAAAUUUUUUCAUUAUAUUUUCUCUUAUGGUUUAUUUUUACUUAGAGAUUUUGGUGUAUCUGUAAUUUAAGUUUGCUCAUUGCGAUCCUAUGUAUUUAUUUAACUUUGGAUCAAUCAUACAUUAUAUAUUUUUAUACGGAUUUCACAUAAAACUCUAUACUUAUGUCAAAUAUUCGGUGCCUCUUUGAAUGUUAUGAAUUUUAAAACCACAAAUUUUGCAAAACCCUGUCCACUAGAACGGGCAGAGAUUUUAAACUUUUUGAUUAAUAUUGCGACGCACCAGUGGACAGGCAGCCUAAUGCGGAGAUAAAAUAAUAAAAAACUUAUCUGUUGUUCAUUUCCAAAACAAAAUACGCAUGUAGCGUAGGUGCCGAUAGUUACGUUACUGCGGGCACCGAAAGUUUGACAUUAGUUCUACGAAACAUUCCUUCAGCCAUCUUUUUUUAUUAACAUUGUGAUAACGAGUCUUAAAAGUAUAGUCAACUGUAUCUAUACUGUGUAUAAUAAUUAGAAAUCGAACAUGUUUCUAAGAAUUGGAAUAUAAACAUUGUCAAUACGAUGGCAGAUAUUGUAAACAUUUUUUUGUAAUUGAUAUUUAAAGAAAAAUUUUCAUAUCUACAAUAACUGGUACGAUUGUUUUAUGGAAAAAGUCUUUAUCGAAAUAAAAGGAACGAGUAUUACGAUUGAUUCAAUCAAUCAAAAUAGAAAUAAAAAAAUGGUUUACCACACCUGCAAUCAUAAUACUAUAUAUACAUUUCUAUGUUUUAAUGUAAGAUAUGUAAUUAUUAAUUAGGAAUAAUAAUAAUAAUAAUACAGAAUUAAUCUACUUUUUUUUUCAAAUUACUUGUACAUCGUAUUUGUUACAAAUUAUAUUUCCUGUUGUGCUCCGAAUUUAAUAAGUGAUAAUAUAUCAAUUUAAUGGCAUUAAAACUGGCAAUAAUGCUAUAAAAUUUUCAUUACACAUCUUACGAAUAAGUUUACGUAGUGUUAAGGAUAAAUAUUAUAUAAAUUGAUCUCUACGAUAUGUAUAUACAUAAUAAUAUAUAAAACCAAAAUAUAAUUAUGGGGAAAUUGAAAUUAUCGCAGUAAUUGGAUUAAAAAACAUAGUCUUUAGUUAAGUGCAUGUUUUGAAACAAACACGUUUUAGAAAUGUACAUAAAAAUAUUAUAAAUCUAUAUAUAUAUAUAAUAACAUUGCAAUACAAAUUGCUUAUACAAUAUGCCUGGUGAGAUACUAACCAUAUAUUUUAAGGAAUGUAACUACCUAAUAUUUAGCAACGUACGUAAAACGCUGCUAUUAUAGCUAUUACGUAAUAAUAACGUAAUGUUGCCGGCAUGCGCGUGCGAAACAACCGCCUCGCUCGAUAGUUCUUCCCAGACUGCCUGCCUGCUCGGCGCUCGCCCGGCACUGAAUGACGCUCUCGUCCGCAUUCGCACCUCACGCCGAUUACACCCGAGCAAAGGCGAAUACCGAAUCAUUUUCGUACUCGUUUCUUCUGCUCGACGUUCUUGACAACGAUAUAUAUAUAUAUAUAUAUAUAUAUAUCACCGCAUCUUUUAGUUAAUUAAGCGCAAGCGCCGGCAGGUCCGUGCGUCCGCCUCGUGACCCGCGUUUAGCGUGGUAUUCAUGCGUCCCCUGGGUGAUUCGUUGCUUAAUUAAUUUCCUAACUUUAUAUAUGUCUGAUCUAUUUGUUCGCCAAAUAUCACGUCCUCAUAUAUCGUUAUUGCCUCACCAGUCAUUCUGUGUAAUUAUAUGCCAAGUUAGAUUUAGAAAAAUAUGUAAUAAAAUUUUUCAUGUCUCAUGAAAUUACAUUAUAAUAUAUCUAGUUCUAUCUUGGGAUUGGUGGUGUGAAAACAGUGACGGUAACGUCAAAUAUUUGCAUGGAAAUAGUUACAAGCCUCUCUUGCGGUUUCAUUAAAAACCAAUGCUUUAGCAAGUGACUGUGAAAGUUAUUGAGACCUUUAGAUAGAAAAAUUACUUUGUGAAGUCUGAAUUUAGUAUUUCAUGUGACGCUUCUUAAAUUUAUGUAUUCGUCUAAUGGGCUAGUUUAUAUUUUAUUAAUAUUGUAAGGUAAUAUCAAAUAGAGAUCUAAAAAUUAACGGUGUUAUUAGGCUUAGACACGUGUUUUUUUUAGUCAAUGAUCUAACUAUAACAUCGUCAGUAACUAUAACGAUGUCUAAAAUGGAGUUUAUCAUUUUUUAUUACAAAACAGUGUUUAGCUUGUGUUUAACUAAAACGUCUUUAGACACAACCUAAAUUGAAGUGUACAGGAUCAAUCAAAGGAACUGAAUGCAAUUUUCGACAGCUGUCAUAUAUCUGUCAUGAUAUAAUCUAAAUCUUCCUUGAAUAUGAUCUAUCCGUUAGACACACCUUAGACAGACUUCGACUCGUGUUUGUGAACUUUUUUAAAACCAGUGUUCAACAUAUGUUAAACGUUUUUGUAUCCAUUACUUAUUAUCUUAUUUGGAUCCGAAAUCCUGGGUGAGGUCGAUAUGUAAGUAUGACCAAUAUAAUUUCUUCAGUGCAAAGCUUUAAUGAAGAUUUUGAAUGAAGUGUUUGAGUCCAAAGUCCGGUUUGCACUUGGCAAAUCUUUCGAUGACUUCGUUUUUUGAGAGGUGGUGGAGUUCCUAAUUGGAUUCAGCAUAGUUUGUGUAUAAACUUCAGGAAGUUUGAUUUGAAAAUAUGCUCUUUUUAGUGAAGGAUAAAAAAAUAGUUGUUCUGUGGUAUGUACACAUGUGCUCAUUAUUUUAAAACAAAUGAUUGCCAUCGAUUGUGAACCAUAAUGUAUCUGCAUUGAUAAAAGAAGAGUCUAGUGCUGUACAAAAUAAUAAAAUACCUAUUUAUUUCCCUCUAAAAGCAGUUUCGUUUGUAGAAGUAUUCUAAAAAACACAAGCUAGCAGUAUCUCGGAUUGUAAAAUUCGGUUUUAGUAAAGUCUUCUUAUACUUAUAAAAAGCCACGUUUCAACUUAUGGCAAGUUAAUUAUGAACAGUGAAUAAGCAUACUAUGUGUGAAAGAAUAAUAUAUAAAACUUGUAUCUUACCAGUGGGAGGCUCCCUUGCACAGGAUGCCAGCUAGAUUAUGGUCACCACAACGGCGCCUUAUGCCGUGAAGCAGUAAUGUGUAACUAUUAUUGGUGUAACCAUCUGAAGGGCGCCGUAGCUAGUGAAAUUACUGGGCAAAGAGACUUCACAUCUUAUGUCUCACGAUGAGUGCAAUUGUUGUGAUGUUUUUCAAGAAUCCUGAGCGGCACUGCAGUGUAAUGGGCAGGGCGUAUCAAUUACCAUCAGCUGAACGUCCUGCUCGUCUCGUCCCAUAUUGAUAUAAAAAAGGUCAUUUAUACGUAAAGAUAGACCAUGACAGCAGCAAACCUCAAAAAAUAGAGGUUUACUGUUAACCUCUAUUUUGCGCAUAAAAAAAAAGCAAACGUACACUAAAACAAAGUGUCAUACAAAUCGCUUAAGUAUUAAACCUGGCCUGUUUUAAUUGGUUCAGAAACAGAAAAAGCAGCAACUCUAUCUAGAUGUAUAAGUAAUUUUACUACAAGUUUCAUAUAAUCUUUAACUGAAUUGUAAAUAUUCACUAUAUCUGGUGUAAACUGGAUAAAUAUACAUUUUAAUGAGUAACUGAUUGAAAGUGUUUGCGGUUAAACCGGAAAUAAACCAAUUUUGAAGCUAUGUUUGCAUCAAUACCAACUGUCGAAGAGAGUGGUCAGUUCCUAAUAUGAUAUCAAGUAUCUCCUUUUUUAAUUUAACGACUCCACUGCAAGUCGUAUUGAAGAUCACUCGUUCACUUCAUUGCUCUCUGGUCGUUUGCGUUCAAAGCGCGUGUCUCCCGCGCGAUUUAAAAAACGCGGUAUGCAUUAUAUGCCUUAAAAUAACACAUCCACAAUUGAAAACUUUUACCUAUGUGAGAAUCUCUUGUUAUUUUGUGAUCGGGGGUAAAGAGUCAUAAUAUUUUCGUCACUUUAAUUUACAAUCAAUAAAACAUAAUAAUUGUAUAGAAAUUAUUUGGUUCUGGUCUGUUAUAUUUUCCAUUUGUUUCUUAUUAUAAACAAACAUUUAUCGUAAUUCCACUUAAGUUGCAUGUAAUAUAUUACGGUCUUGGAAAACGAGAUUUGUAGAAAAAUGGUUUUUAUCGCGGUAUUAAUAAUAAAUGUUACUGGGCUAAUGAGACUUAACAUUUUAAGCUUUGAUAAUUAAUACGUCUACAUAGAAUGUGACAGCUGACAACACAUCGAAAAAAUAGAGGUGAACUGUUAGCCUCAAUUUUCGGCAACUAACACACUAAAAUGUUGUCACGCACACUAAAGUAUUUAUUACUUGUCCUGUUUUCAUGCGUUGCAAAACAGCAAGACUUUCUAAGAUUUUUGGUCUCAGUUACGAUCGCUUAGAAUUUUGAAUUUUUCAAUAAUCCUGAGCGACAUUGCAAUCUCAUACCAUCAGGUGAGUCUUGCUCGUCUCGUCACUUAAUCUCAUAAAAAAAAAAUAUUUUUUAAUGCCACUGUAUUUUAAUUUGAUGAUCAUCCACAAGCAUCAUCAUAUACGUAAUACUGUGUGCAAAAGCAAUUCCAUUCUUUGGCUAUAGACUUUUAAUAAUCCAAUAUCUUGAUUGCCGGACCGUAAUGUAAACUAUAAAUAUUGUUAGUUAGUACGAUUUAGAUAAUAAAUUUUAGUAUAUUUUAUAUUCAUUAUUAUUUUUAUAUUGCCAAAUAUAUUUAGCGGUAAAUAUGUGAAGGAGAAUUAAAGAAAUAUAAAUAUUGUUGUUUUCGAGUUAUGUAUAUUAUACUUUAUUCCAAUUAUAUUAUUUAAUUAUUCAUUUA